UGAUAGCUGAUCUCCAAUACAUUUUGCCAUUGGACCAAUAUAUGUUGACAUCAUGGCAAGACACAAGAUCCUAACCUUUGCUGUGAUGUAUUUCUUCCAGGCUUGGACUUUGGGUGUGGACUCCAAGAUGGUUCAUCUCCUCCAGCCUGGUCUCAGUUCCUCCGGAAACUUAGACAUGGUCCCUAAAUCUGUUGACGACAUGUAUGAAGGAUGCAUAAAAAAAAUGGGCAAAAAGGUGAAGGAAUAUCUUCAAAUUGAAACCAAUACAGGAGGGAUCUUCAAACAAGCCUGGACGAAAGCAGAAACAUGUGCCUCAAAUAAGACCAAUUCAGUCAACAAUGAACUACCCAAACUUAGUUACAAUCACAUUAGAGCUAUCUGUGCUUACACAGGAGGUCAACCUAAGAUAUACCAAGUGUUCAACAAAGCUGUCCAGACCAGUAGAUAUGAGUAUACAACCUCCUUCCAGUUCCACUCCCUGCAUUUCCUGCUGACUGACGCCAUUCGCAUCCUGAAACUAAAACAAAAUACCUGCCACACCACAUACCGGAGAACCAAAAUGGAGUUUUCAGGUAAAGUGGGCAUUAAAAUCAGAUUUGGCUUCUUUGCCUCCAGCUCUCUCGACAAGGGAAUUAAUACAUUAUUUGGAGACAAGACUUGCUUUGAGAUAAAGACAUGUUUUGGCGCUGACCUGAAGUCCUUCCCCAAAUUGGGGAAUCAUGAAAAGGAGGUGUUGAUUCCACCGUAUGAAGUGUUCAUUGUUACUGCUGUGCUGAAGAAAGAGAAUGAUAAAAACCUUUGGUGUGAUGUUGUGUACACACUAAAGAGUAUCACCAAGCCCCAGAGUAACCUGAAUUGCAAACUUUUUAGGUAAACAAUUAUUAACUAAGAAAAUCUCUUGAUCUUGAGUCAUUGAUUUAAAUUAUAUCCAGGGAAAAACAUCCAGUCUGCUUAUCCUCUUAAAGCCAAACAAUGUGUUUUCACUGUCUAAAGAUUUUAAUGUAGUAAGUUCAUUGGUGAAUGUUAAAUAGAAACCUCAUCCUGACCACCAGAAAUAGUGAUUAUUAAGAUGUUUGUGUUAUAGUGUAUCAGACUCCAUAGGAGUCUUCUGCAGCUUGUGGCAACAUGAAUAAAGAAAAUCAUUGAGCUU